AGGGGCGUGGUGUCACCGCUUCCUGCUACUAUCUAUAGAUUGUCAGUAACCUCCCUGGCACUGGGACAUGGCGGCCACCGGAGUGCUCCCCUUUAUAAGGGGGGUGGACUUGAGCGGGAACGAUUUCAAGGGUGGAUAUUUUCCUGAACAUGUUAAGUCUAUGAGCAGCUUGCGAUGGCUGAAGCUGAACAGGACCGGGCUGUGUUACCUGCCAGAGGAGCUGUCAUCUCUACAGAAAUUGGAAAACUUGUCUGUAAGUCACAACAGCCUGACCACCUUACACGGAGAGCUCUCCUCCCUGCCCUGCCUCAGGGCGAUUGUGGCUCGAGCAAACAGCCUGAAGAAUUCUGGGAUUCCUGAUGACAUAUUUCAGCUGGACGAUCUCUCUGUGCUGGACCUUAGUUAUAAUCAGCUAACCGAGUGUCCAAGGGAACUGGAAAACUCGAAGAACAUGCUGGUACUGAACCUCAGCCACAACAGCAUUGACCAGAUCCCAAACCAGCUGUUCAUUAACCUCACGGACCUGCUGUAUUUGGACUUGAGUGACAACAAACUGGACAGUUUGCCCCCCCAGAUGAGGCGAUUGGUUCACCUACAGUCCCUGAGUCUGAAUAAUAAUCCACUCAUGCACGCCCAGCUCAGGCAGCUUCCUGCAAUGAUUGCUCUACAGACCCUUCACCUGAGGAACACACAACGUACCCAGAGCAAUUUACCCACUUCCUUGGAAGGCUUAACCAAUCUAUCAGAUGUAGACCUGUCCAUGAAUGACCUAUCGCGGGUCCCUGAGUGCCUAUACACCCUCACCAACCUGAAGCGCUUAAAUCUCAGCAGCAACCAAAUCACAGAGCUGUCCCUGUGCAUCGACCAAUGGACACAGCUGGAGACUCUCAACCUGUCACGCAACCAGCUGACAUCGCUGCCUUCUGCUAUCUGCAAGCUGGCCAAGAUGAAGAAGUUGUAUCUGAAUUCCAACAAGCUGGACUUUGAUGGAAUCCCCUCUGGGAUAGGGAAACUCUGCAACCUGGAGGAAUUCAUGGCCUCUAACAAUAACUUGGAAUUGAUCCCUGAGAGCUUGUGCAGGUGCAUUAAACUGAGGAAGUUGGUGCUUAAUAAGAACCGUCUGGUCACAUUGCCGGAGGCUGUGCACUUCCUCACUGGUCUAGAGGUUCUGGAUGUGCGAGAAAACCCAAGCUUGGUGAUGCCACCAAAGCCAGCCGAACGCACCUCAGAAUUCUACAACAUUGACUUCUCACUGCAGAACCAGCUGCGUCUUGCCGGGGCUUCUCCUGCCACUGUCGCUGCUGCAGCAGCAAGCGGCGCUACAAAAGACUCUUCCGCAAGAAAAAUGCGCCUGCGCAGACGUAAGGAUUCCACACAGGAUGACCAGGCCAAACAAGUGCUGAAGGGGAUGUCCGAUGUUACCGAAGAGAAAAAUAAAAAGAUACAGGAGAAUGGAGACAUGAAGUACCCUGACCUUAAGGCGAGGCGCUGGGACAAAGGCCUGGAGAAGCCUCCGUUAGAUUAUUCUGAAUUCUUCUUGGAGGACGUGGGGCAGAUUCCUGGAUUGACGGUUUGGCAGAUUGAAAACUUUAUUCCCAUCAUGGUGGACGAGGCCUUACAUGGCAAAUUCUAUGAGGCUGACUGCUACAUAGUGCUGAAGACAUUCCUGGAUGAUAAUGGAGCUCUGCACUGGGAAAUCUACUAUUGGAUUGGACAAGAGGCGACUCUAGAUAAAAAAGCCUGCUCUGCCAUCCAUGCAGUCAACCUGCGCAACUACCUGGGGGCUGAAUGUCGCACCAUCAGAGAGGAGAUGGGAGAUGAGAGCGAGGAGUUCAGUCAGGUUUUCGAUAAUGAAAUUUCAUAUAUAGAAGGAGGAUCAGCAAGCGGGUUUUACACUGUAGAGGAUGCCCAGUACAUCACUAGACUGUACAGAGUUUAUGGCAAAAAGAACAUUCGCUUAGAGCCGGUUCCUCUGAAAUCUUCAUCGUUGGAUCCUCGGUUUGUGUUUCUGCUGGAUCAUGGCCUGGACAUUUAUAUCUGGAGAGGAGCUCAGGCCACAUUGAGUGGCACAACCAAAGCAAGGCUGUUUGCAGAGAAAAUCAAUAAAAAUGAGCGGAAAGGAAAAGCAGAGAUCACCCUUCUUGUCCAAGAGCAAGAAACACCAGAGUUUUGGGACGUGCUGGGAGGACAACCAGAGGAGAUCAAACCCUGCGUCCCUGAUGACUUCCAGCCAACACGACCCAAGCUGUACAAGGUGGGUCUCGGUCUGGGCUACCUGGAGUUACCGCAGAUUAACUAUAAGAUAUCCGUGGAACACAAGACGAGGCCAAAGGUUGACUUGCUGCCUGAGAUGAGACUGGUCCAGAGUCUGCUGGACACCAAGUGUGUUUACAUCUUGGACUGUCACUCGGAUGUCUUCAUCUGGAUAGGGAGGAAAUCUUCCAGAUUAGUCAGGGCAGCAGCUCUAAAGCUGGGACAGGAGCUGUGCGGGAUGCUUCACCGACCCAAGCAUGCCAUGGUGAUCAGGAAUCUGGAGGGUACCGAAUGCCAGGUUUUCAAGGCAAAGUUUAAGAAUUGGGAUGAUGUGCUGAAGGUCGAUUACACAAGAAAUGCAGAGACGGUGAUAAAGAGUGUGGGGGGACUGGAGGGCAAAGUAAAGAAAGAUGCAGAAAAGAAGGACCAAAUGAAAGCCGACCUGACCGCACUCUUCCUCCCUCGGCAACCUCCAAUGACUAUUUCUGAGGCCGAGCAGUUGACUGAGGAAUGGAAUGAAGAUCUGGAUGGGAUGGAAGGAUUUGUCCUAGAAGGGAAGAAAUUUGCACGUUUACCAGAAGAAGAAUUCGGUCACUUUCACACGCAAGACUGUUAUGUGUUCCUGUGCAGGUACUGGGUACCAGUAGAACAUGAGGAAGAUGAAGUGGAUCAGCAUAGAAAGAAGAAAAAACUCAAUGAAACUGGUGAUGAAGAUGAAGAGGAGGAAGAAGAGGAGAAGCAGACUGAGGAGGACUUCCAAUGUGUGGUUUACUUCUGGCAGGGCAGAGAGGCCUCUAACAUGGGCUGGCUGACUUUCACCUUUAGCCUCCAGAAGAAGUUUGAAAGCCUGUUCCCAGGAAAACUAGAGGUCGUCCGGAUGACCCAACAGCAGGAAAACGCCAAGUUCCUUUCGCACUUUAAGAGAAAAUUUAUUAUCCACAAAGGAAAGCGGAAAACUAGAGAUGUGGGCCUGCAGCCCAGCUUGUACCACCUGCGCACCAAUGGGAGCUCCCUCUGCACCAGGUGCAUCCAGAUUAACACAGACUGCAGUUUUUUGAAUUCCGAGUUUUGCUACAUAUUAAAAGUCCCGUUUGAGAGCACAGAUAACCAGGGCAUUGUAUACACCUGGGUGGGCCGCGCUGCAGACCCCGAUGAGGCAAAGCUGGCUGAGGAUAUCACCAAUCAUAUGUUUGAUGACACUUACAGUAAACAGGUUAUAAAUGAAGGAGAGGAACCGGAAAACUUUUUCUGGGUCGGCAUUGGUGGCCCGAAACCCUAUGAUGAGGAUGCAGAAUACAUGAAGUACUCUCGGCUAUUCAGGUGCUCCAAUGAGAAGGGAUAUUUCUCGGUUUCUGAAAAAUGCUCAGACUUCUGUCAGGAUGACCUUGCAGAUGAUGAUAUCAUGUUGCUGGACAAUGGAAAAGAGGUUUAUAUGUGGGUCGGGACACAGACCAGCCAAGUUGAAAUUAAGCUGAGUUUGAAGGCCUGUCAGGUUUAUAUCCAACACAUGAGAGCCAAAGACCCAGAGCAUCCUCGUAAACUGCGUCUAGUGCGCAAAGGCAACGAGCCACACGCUUUCACUCGCUGUUUCCAUGCGUGGGGGGCUUUCCGCAAACCUCCAGCCUAAAUCCAACUGCUCAGCCCUUUUGUCCAGGAAGAGGCGCUUAGUGAAGCUAUAGGUCUGAAGACGAGAAAGCUGUAAUAUAUAAAUCAAUUCUCCUGUAUCAUGGAUGGAAAACAAACGCUGUACUAUUGAGACAACACGUACAUGUUGCAGAAGCGCGAUCAAUGGCUGUGGGUUGUAGCUGCUGGCGCACAAAGGUGCAAAUGACAUAGAUUUCAGCCCUGUGUCAUAAUGCUGCAAUUAAACCAGAGCCUUAACGCACUGAGCAGUAGGUAUACAAAUAAUUGUGUGAUGCUUUAGCCUACAGGGCUGUACAGAAUGUAUACUAUGGGAGAAAGCAGUGUUACUGUGCACAUAACUUAUUAUAUAAGGCUAAAUACAAGACCUGAUAUCCGUGAUUGGAGGAAGAAUGAUUUCAUGUGAGAUUUACUCAAGAACUAUUUAAUGCUUUUAGACAGAAGCGGAUUCUGCACACCAGUUUACCGAUGGAAAGCAGACACCUUAAAACGCUCAAUCCGUUCUCUUUUAUAAGACACUGCGUAAUAUUCUGCAACAAAGAAUUAACCCAUUAACUGCUAGAGAGAGCUGUGACACUGUUAGGCACAGUCCUCUUUAGCAAAUAGUUAAAAGGACAAAUAUUGGAAGAAUCAGGUUUCGAUUAGCAGAACAUACAUCUUUCAAAUAUAUAUUUCACUUAGCAAGAAUUUCAUGCAAACUAAACUACUGGUUUCUGGGGAUGGCCAGUCCUUGCGGAAACAGUGAAUUUGUGUGUAGUAGUUCCAGUCUCGCACGUAAGCGACCAAGUAGCUGAAAUGCUGAUUAAUAUAUUAGCAGUGACGUGCAGGACGUUAAGCAUGAUGCUUGAUUGCUUAAAGGGACACUAAACCCACAUUUUUUCUUUCAUGAUUCAGAUAGAGCAUUUCAUUUUAAGCAAAUUUAUCAUUUAAUCCUAUUAUCAACUGUUCUCUAUCUUUAUUUGAAAAGCAAGAAUGUAAACUUAGGAGCCGGCCCAUUUUUGGUUCAGCACCUGGGUUGCACUUGCUGGCUAAAUGUAGCCACCAAUCAGCAAGCCCUGUCCAGGGUUCUAAACCAAAAAUGGGCUGGCUCUUUUUUGCUUUUUCAACUAAAGAUACCAAGAGAAUGAAGAAAAAAUGAUAAUAGGAGUAAAUUAGAAAGCUGGAUAUACAAAACUGGGGAAUGGGUAAUAAAGGAAUUAUCUAUCUUUUUAAACAAUAAAAAUGAUGGCGUAGACUGUCCCUUUAAGGAAAUGAUCUUCCAGUGUCACAUAUACAGCCCUCUAGUAGAGCAGGCCUCUGAUUAAGAGGGACAUAAAGUCAAUAGCAUGCUGAGGCUAUAGAUAUCUAUGGGAACUGAUUGAUCAAUAUGCUGUGUGCAAAGCUCACAUACUAUACUUCUCAACCAGAACCUGUUAGUACUGAGACAAGUACCAUGCAAUGACCCCCCCCCCCCCAGCAUAUACUACCAACUGGGCAUGCGCCUAUGGCAAAUCAUUUUAUAAACCAAUGCAGAAUAUGGCUGCAGGUAGCUACAUUCAGCUCUUUCAGACACUGAUUUAUUUAUGUGCAAAUCCAGAUCUUUGUGUGUGUCCAACAAGAGCCAAAAGCCGCUACCCACAGCAAUAUUCAGCAUUGGUUUAUAAAACAAUUCACCAAAUACACAUCCCUUCAACCAACCUUGCCCUUUUUAACUUCCUGAUUGUAUUAUUAAACUUGACAUUGUUAUCUAGAGAAAUGUAAUGUUCAGACUGUUGAUCACAGGUCAGUGGGGUAUUGAAGUGGUCAUGAGGCAGGUUUAGCCUCAAUCCAUGGGAUAUGAAUAUUAACUGUAUGAGCUUUAAUAUAUUUUAAUAAAUUUGCACUUCACAGGA